UCAAAAUUACAGGCCACUCAUGUGGAUCGUCCUUUCCUGGGUUAUUAUAGAGCAAUGCUACAGUGGGAAUUUUUUUUUUAUUAAGGGUCACUAAGAUAGUAUUUGACACAUAGCGAGAUUUUAGUUCAGGCGCAGAUCUCCAGCCAUGAGGACGCCGUGCUCGAUGUGGAAGGAAGCGCCGAGUCGUGUCCACGUGUCUUGCAGGUCAGCGCUUUGUGUUCCGCACGCAGAGGUGAAAGCAGACGCGUUUGCGCGAUGGAAGCGACAGUAACGUGCACCUUUCGCCGUGAUUUUUAAAAGUGCAACCGCUGUGUGGUUUAAAGACCGCCGACGCUAGCAUCUCUGCGUGUAACGAAGGUUUGUCAGCAGCAGUAGUGUGGAGAUCGCGGUGCAACACGCCCAGUCUCCUCCUUCACUGCACUGGAGCUGUAGUCUGGGAGAGCUGGCGCUGCCGGGUUCGUCAGCAGUGGCACGGGGCCUUUCCCAAAGGUAACGUUACCAAGCAAAGUUUCGACCUUUGUUUUUCUGUCCUGCAGCUACAGUCCAUGCGUGAAACCGAUCGGGUUACAGCUCUAGCUGGUUUUCCUUCCGUGGCAGCUUUCGCUCAUCAUAAAUCAGAACCCACGAGAUGCCGUAAGAGCUCCCGCGUCGCCGCGUGCGGUACGGUAGGCGGCGAUGCUCUCCGCGGAGGCGGCGCGAGAGCUCCGAGCCAAAGAGCGCAAAUGCAAGUCCACCCUACGGGCGCGCCUCGCGACGGCGCUAUCUGCAGACCUGAACAGACUGCUGCAGGAUGAGCAGGAGGUGGACGUGACCCUGUGUGGGAGUUCCGGGCUUCGCCUCCCAGUGCACAGGGCGGUUCUCCUGGCCCGGGCUCCCCACCUGCUCCGGGGCGCCGCAUCGGCUGCUUCCGUCAUCCACCUGCAGGGGGCGGACUCCACGGCUCUCAAAGAGCUCAUCCGGAGAGUGUACACAGAGGACCAGCGUCCCGGGAAGAUGAACGGUGCCGCUAGUGGAGCGGAGGGCAACUCGGCCCUCCUCAACGGCUCUCUGGCGGAGGUGGAGGAGGAGGAGCCACACGUCAGCUCGGAUCCAGACACUCUGCCCUUAGAGCCAGCCUCUGGCCUCGGUGCUGACCUUUUGGCCUUGUAUGAAAGAGGUGAAGCGACUGACAUCAGCAUCCAGGUGGGGGACCGAGUCUUCUCUGCUCACAGGUCCAUCCUUUGUGCUCGCUCUCAGUACUUCCGAGCUAUGCUGUGCGGCAGUUGGAUGGAGAGCUCACACCAGUGCAUCACCCUACAGGGACUGGGCCCAGAUGAGAUGGAAAUUCUUCUGUAUUUCAUUUAUGGUGCCGUGCUGGAUCUCCCACCAGGAACUAAUGUGAGUCAGGCGGUGUUGGCGGCAGACAUGCUGGGUCUGGACGGACUGAAGGAUGUGGCAGAGAUGGUCCUGACCAGAGAUUACUGCCGAUUCUUCCCGAAGCCUGUUGAGGGGGUUCAGAAGUCUGUUCUCGAGUGUCUCGCCAUCAGCCACUCCAUAAGGCUGGAAUCUCUGUACAGCUCCUGCGUCCGGUGGGUGGCUGAGCAUUUUGUGAAGUGCUGGUCAGAGAGAAGCUUCGCUCUCCUUCCUCCUGAGCUGCAGAGGAACUGUCUGAGCGCCGUCACCAAAGCCCUGACGGUGCAGAAUGUGGUGACUGUGCUAUGUGGCACUGAACAGCUCAUUGGCAGUUUGCCAGAGGUGAAGUGGGCCAAACAGAACCUCAGUCUGGCCACCGAACUGCAGGAAGAGUGUCUGAAAACCAUCGUCACACACCUGCCCCGGGUCAUACACACCUCUGCCUUCCACAGCCUCCGCAGGAGGGAGGAGUUCACACGUGACCCUACCCUUCUGAGGAAGUUGUGUGUCGCUGUGCGGGAGGGCGUUACCGUGGAGAACUGCUGUGAGCUCUUCACAGCCGUUGACCAGCUGGGCGGCCACUCGGACUUACUGCCAGCAGAAGCAGCCAAUCAGGAGCAGGAGGACAUGGAGCCGUUCGGACGCGAGGUGCGGCUCCUGCACGCCAAGCUCUGGACAUUUCUGCUACAGUCCUUAUUUGCAGUGCGGCACACGCGAGGAUGGCAAACGCUACCGCCCAGACACCGGGAACGCAUCCUCACAGCAACUCUAGAUACAGGCGACUGCCGGAGGCUCAGUAAAAAGCCUGUCCUCAGCAGCUCUCAGAGGUCUGGGAAAUGUCCUCCCAGUUUAUCGUCUCCGUGUGACAGCCCUCCUGCUCUCCAGCCCGCUAAGGUCCCUCGGCCCCUGCGACCCCCCGGUGGAAACCCUGCAGCUGCGUCGGGCACCAUGAAGUCUGACGGUCUGGGUCCGACGGCACACGCACCCUCUGCCACGAAGACCAAACCCCCCAGCAAUGAGCCACAGCCCUGCAGCAAGGCUAGGCCGGCUGCUGGCGCAACCAACAGGAAAUCGCCAUCCGCCAAUAAAGCCGUCGUGAACGGUAGCGCAGACUCUGUGACCCGGAGGGAAGACUCCUUCGCUAACGGACCUCGGAGCUCAGCCCCGGGUAAAGCAACGGCGGACAAGAGGCCCGUACUGGGGGCCCGGCCCAGGGCCUCCACCGCCGGGUCGGGUGGGUCGGCGGGGAAACCCACCAAGGCUGCAACAUCAGGGAAGGACUUGACUCAGGGCCCCCACUGCAACAGCCCUGUGAAUGCCCCCCGGGCUCAGACCACGCCCUCCAGCAGCAUUGGGAACGCCCCCCGGGCUCAGACCACGCCCUCCACGUCGGGCAGCGCCUCCCCAGACAGCAGCACGAGCAGUCCACGGAACAGCGGCCAUGUUGCCUCUGCAGCUCUCAGGCCAAAAUCCCAAACCAAGUCAACAACAAAAUCCCCACUGACCAAAACUGUCCAGAAACCCAACACAGACAAGACUAACAGCCCCACACACAAGGCGAGUAGGACCAGGACCACGGCGGGUAACAGAGCGGGCCUCGGUAGCCCUGCAGUGACCCGUACAGAGCUGAAGAGAGGCCUGCCUGGGGCGACCCCUCCUCAGACCCACGCUUCAUCUAGACUGAGCUCCGGCCUGAGUUCCAGGAAGCCUGCGUCUCCCAGAAAAGAGGAGCCAAAAGAUGGUGCCAAGAAACCAGCCAAACCCAGCGCAGAAUCCAAACAGAACACCAAAGCAGCAAAACCCACGCCGGCGUCUCCUAAACCACCUCCCGCCGCUGCAAACAAAGCCAGCCUUAAGCAGAAGCCUCCGGAAACUCCAGCCGCAAAAUGUCCCGGCAAGUCUGUGAGCCCAUCCAAGCACCCCUCGCCCAUGGGGUCCAGAAAGUCAGCCACACCGGUCAAGGAGACUCAGAACACCGCAAACCCCAAACACAAUUCCUCCAAAAUGGCAACCCAGCAGGCAAACGACACCACCGAGGAAAUAAAGGAUCAGGUGACAGGGCAGAAAGUGAGGUCACCUCAAAACGAGAGCGACACACUUCCUGCCGGAGCAGCCUACUCAGACCAGCCCAAUGCUGUGAUCAAGACUGUGGCGCAGUCCUCCAGGGAGUGUUCCACCGCUAACAAAAGCAGCGAUCCCCCAGUUAAGCGCAGCAGUGCAGCGAAGGCGGCAGAGCAGACUGGCGUGAGCGAGGGGACCGCGGGGACAGCGAGCCGAGCCACGCCCGGACAUGCUCCUUCUGCUUGUCUCGGCUCUGGAGCCGCUCAGGCCGUCGGAUCGCCGGGCCCGCCGCGAGACCAGGACCUCCCUCCGGACCUCCCCCCAGACACGCCCGGCAGCUUGGGCAGCUUGGGCAGCACGGAUACUCCCCUGGAGGAGACGUGGGGCAGCGUCCACGCCCAGGCCAGCCCCGAGUCAGAGAGCGUCAGCGCCACCACGUCCUCGGACGACAUCAAGCCCCGCUCAGAGGACUACGACGCGGGGGGCUCGCAGGAUGAUGACUGCUGCUCCCACGAGCGCGGCGCGUCCAAGUGCGGGACUAUGCGCUGCCCGGACUUCCUAGGGAGGAGCAGCAGUGACACCAGCACGCCCGAGGAGCUGAAGAUGGGCGAGGGCGGAGCCGGGCUGCGCGUGGAGGUGCGGCUCCGGGGCCGGGAGGCGGAGACUACCAGCGAGGAGGAGGCGGCGAGGCGCAGGCCGCCGUCCUGGCUGAGGCAGGACGGGGCUCCAGCAAAAGGGGAGGGGGAUGCCGUGGCGACGGAUGCCGCGGCGACGGAUGCGAAGCUCCUCUCCUCCGAGGAGGAAGACGAGGAGGAGGAGGAGGAGGAGGACUCCGAGGACGAGAGGUCUGAAGUGGAGGUCCUUCCUGGUGGCAUCGUGCCCCCUCAGGCUGAACCGUCACUCCAGUUCCAGGGCAUCAUCAACCCGGCGUUCGAGGACGGCGUCGACCAAGAGAACGAGCCUCGGGAUUACACGGCCGCUUCCGGGUUCCGCCGGUCCGUCCUGCUCUCCGUGGACGAGUGCGAGGAGCUGGGGUCCGAAGAGGGAAGUGCUCAGGACCCCCUGCACCGGGCCAGCUGCCCGCGCUCCCCCUCGGACGAGGAGCCCGCCCGUGACCUCCAGGGGGCGGGGCCUAAACCUGCAGCUUUCUUCCCGGAGGGCCAGGGAUCUCAGAAGGAGGGCCAUGCGUGCGAUGAGCCUGGCACCGCCCACCCGGACGCGCACACGAGCGAGGCUUCCUCCCAGGACCGGCCCUGUCACCUGAACCUACGGCUGGCUGAGCGUUACGGCAGCACGCCGUCCCAGCACGCGGACAGCAGGAGGGCAGACCUGCGGCUGGACUUACCUGAGCCGCAGGUAAGCGCCACCUCCCCUCCGCACCCUGCCCUGUCCACAGCAGGGGACUUUGAUGGUUGUGACAGAUUGGAUCAAAGCUGCACACGUGACCGCCGCCUGUCUAAAGUGCUGUCCCCCAUAUACGAGAUGGACGUGGGAGAGGCGUAUGAGCAAAGCUUGGAUGUGGGCGGGGCCAACGUCGGGUGCCAAGACGAAGCAGGGAGGGAAAUCGAGGAGGUGGAGGGUGUGGAAGACGAGAGCAGCAAGUUUGCGGAGCGGGACUGGAGCUUACUCCGACAGCUCCUCACAGACCAGGAGUCCAGCCUGGGCAUCAUCAGCUCGGUCCCCGAGGACUUGAAUCUCGCCCAGUACCUGAUCAAGCAGACCCUGUCCUUGUGCCGGGACUGUGCAGACAAGCGGGACGCACCACCUCCGGAGAAGGAGAACUUCAAGAGGUGGGCGGAGCUUAUCUCUCCCCUGGAGGAUUCGACCACGAGCAUCACUGUGACCAGUUUCUCUCCGGAGGACGCUGCCUCUCCCCAGGGAGAGUGGACCAUAGUGGAGCUGGAGACACAUCACUGACGCAGGGACCAGGGACAAGCCUGAAUCGUAGAUGUUCUUUUAUCCCAGUCUUUAGGUACAUUGUUCUCUCCUUCCCUCCAUGUUGACAUCUGGACUCUUUUUAAGGGCCUUUGGGGGGGGGGGGGGGUCUAUUUUGGCUGCAAACAAGGUCGACUUGUUUUGUCUGAAGUUACGUCAUACCUGUUUCUCUUCAGAGCUACGUCGUUGCGGAUUGGAUUGAUGGACUUGAUGCAGUUUAUUUGCAUGUGGACAUUUUUGUAUAAGUUAUACUGUUUACUUGGUGUUGCUUCAAUCUUUGUAGAAAACCAAAAAAAUGCUCUUUUCUCUUUCUGUCUUAAAUGAUGGUUAGACGGUGACUUUGAACUCAGCACUGGAAGUAAGUGGUGGUUUACAUUCAUUGUACUUAACAGAAUAAAAUGUGUAUGGUUGCACAUUUC